GUAUUCUGAUUUUAUUGUUAAUGAAAUUGACUCAAAGCUGAAUGUUGUUCGCUUAACUAAUUUAGAAAAGCCUCCAGAACCAGUUUUAGACAGCAAACUUAGUGACUUACUUGUUGAAGAUACUUUGAAAAAACUACAAGAUUUAGCUAAUAAUGUGGAAGAAUGUAAUGAAGUAUUAAUUGAUGUUUCAGAAAUGGACAAAAACUCUAGAAAAGAAAUUCAUAUUGGAUUAAGGCAAAGCUAUAAUAAUAUUGAUUCAGCUACUGAAGAUAAGGAUGGAAAAAAGUAUAUAAUUGUCAAGAAAUGUUUUCAAAGAGGCAAAAGGUUUCAGCCACCUGCUGGUGGAAAUUAUUCCCAUUUUGUUUUAUACAAAGAAAAUAAAGACACAAUUGAUGCAAUUAAUACUAUAUCUUCUUUCUUGAGGGUUCAACCAAAAAUAUUCUCUUAUGCUGGAACAAAAGAUAAAAGAGCAAAAACAAGUCAAUUAGUUUCAGCUUAUAGAUUGCCAUGUGGGAAACUUCUUGGAAUUAAUAAGCAUUUUCAAAUGAUAAAAGUGGGAAACAUUCAAUUUAAACCAGAUCAAAUUAGAUUGGGUGACUUAGCUGGGAAUCAUUUUAAUAUUGUUUUAAGGCAGUUUUAUGGGUCUGAAGAUGUAAUUAAACAAGCAAUGCAAUCUCUGUCUACCAAAGGUUUCAUAAACUACUAUGGUAUGCAGCGUUUUGGGACAUCUUGUGUACCUACUCAUGCAAUUGGCAGAUCACUUCUGAAAGGUGAUUGGGCACAUGCCAUUGACCUGAUUUUAACUCCAAAGCCGGAAGAUGUUGACGACUUAUCUUCUGCAAAAAAAAUUUGGUAUGAAACUAAAAAUGCUGAUAAAGCACUAGAAAAUUUAAAACGCAGAAACGGUAUUGAGGGCAAACUUUUAAGUGGACUAGCGUGUAAUAAUAAGAAAGACUUAGUCAAUUCAUUAAAUACUGUUCCUCGGAAUAUGCGUUUGAUGUACAUACACAGCUAUCAAAGUUUUAUUUGGAAUAAAGUUGUUUCUAAACGAAUACAAACUCACGGACUUCAAGUUUUAAAAGGAGAUUUAAUAUCAAAAGAAUCUGAUGUUCCUGAGGAUAGUUUGCUGCUUAAUAAGGAGGAUAAUAGGAAAGCUGUUCUUUCUAACAUGGUUAAAUUUGUGACAGAUCAAGAUAUUGGAAAUGCUAAUAUUACCGAUGUACUACUACCUCUUCCUGGGCACAGUGUAACUUUACCAAAUAAUGAAACUGGAAAAUGGUAUGAAGAGGCUUUGCGGGAAGAUGGAAUGAGUUUUGACAAUUUCAAAUCCAAAACAAAGUCAUAUUCUUUGAGUGGAGACUAUCGUAAAAUCAUUGUUAUUCCUGAAGAGGUUAAGUGGGAGAUAAUUCAUUAUAAUGACAACACAAUACCAUUAUCUUUGAGUGAUUUAGAUGUGCUGAAUGGUAUAACUUUGCCAGAUUUUCCAAGCAGUGGUUUGCAUAAAGCUUUGAAAGUUGAAUUCAACCUGCCUUCCUCCUCUUAUGCUACUAUGGCAUUGCGAGAAAUACAAAAGAGCAGUUGAUGUAUAACUAAGAUGUGAAAUUUCAAUAAAUUUUUAUUAUUUUAUCA